UCGACACACUUUCUAAUCAGUCCAUUGCUUUGAAAAAAUUAUGCUAAGGUGAUAGAAGUGUCGUCUCAGUGUUUUUCGCUAAGGUGUUGCACUCGGACUGAUUUUGUGUGAUUUUUUCUUCAAUAUGACUAAGAUUUUUUUUCCGAUUUUCGGUCUUAUCUUGAGUGGUUGUUUAUUAACAGUUUCUGCUAAUGUAUCAAGGUGCUAUAACUGCAACAGCGCUUAUUGUGGAGACCCUUAUGAUGUAUACCUAGGUUCAAUUAUCAGUUGUUCUGAUGUCUUCAAGAAUGCCAAACUUUUCUUCAGCCGCCUUGUGUCAAAUUCAAAUUCUGCUUCUUUGACACAAUUAAAUGAGACUCAAGUCGGGGCCGACAAUUCUAACGACAUCGAGACCCUCAGCUCAACCAACACAAACGAAAUAAUAAGGCAGCGCUCCCAUGCUGAAUUCUUCGAUAUACAACGGAAAAUAUGGGAGUUUUUCAAUAAAGGAGAAAUCAACGAGAAUACCGAGUUCGUUUGCGUCAAAGCUAAUUACAACAGCAGUAGCAGCAGUCAAACGAAGACUUUCAGGGGCUGCGUGCCCCGCAGCACCAAGACCAUCUCGUCGGCCUGCGACUUCGUCAGCCAACGCGUGGUGGGGAGUUCUUCGGGGAGUUCCGUUUACGGUUGUUACGCGUGCAAUAAUGAUUUAUGUAAUGCGGGGAUUACGUUCCGCGCCUCCGUCUUCGUUUUAUUGGCGGGGGUGGCGCUGAAAAUAGUUUUCUGAUGAUGCCGAAGCGGUGCGUAACAAAACCCCCUGUCUCGUAAAAGAGGGUACGAGUGUAUUUGGGAGAGGACACUGUUAUUACGGCGGUCUUAUUUGGAAAAUUAUGACCGCCAUUUCGAAUUUUAAGCGUAUUUUUUACGAUUUUUUUUACAUUAUUUUAAGUCUAGUUUUUGAAGUAUUUACUAACUUAUUUAUGAAAAACUAUAAAAGAGGUCUUUGGAUGAGCUUAAUUUAGAAGAUACUUGAUAAGUUUUCAAGAAAUUUAGUUUUAGGAUUUUAAGAAGAUAGAAUGCAUUGAUGUUAGUGGUCUCGUAUUAUUUUAUAUUGUAAAUUGCUAACACAAUUUAAUAAAUUAUGUUGUUUUACAUAUUAAAUUUAAACUCACA